AUGAUCUGGUCUGGCUACUCCAGCUCGCCCUCUGGCAGUUGCCGAGAUGAUCUGGCUACUCCAGCUCGCCCCCUGGCGGCCGCCGAGAUGGUCUGGCUACUCACGCUCGCCCCCUGCCGGCCGCCGAGAUGGUCUGGCUACUCCAGCUCGCCCUCUGGCGGCCGCCGAGAUGAUCUGGCUACUCCAGCUCGCCCUCUGGCGGCCGCCGAGAUGGCGGCCUCCGAUUGGCCCCGGGCGGCGGCGGCGGUGCCUUCCGCUUGGCUCCCGGCGAUGGACUGGCCGCUGAUUGGCCAGUGGGGAUCCCGGUCUGUAUCUGUUUCGCUGCCGUCGUCCUUGGUCGCCACCGCCGCCGCCGCCAUCAGCCCGCCGCGAUGCCGCGUGGGAGCCGAAGCCGCACUUCCCGGGUGCCCCCCCCCGGCCAGCCGCGCCCCGCCGAUGAGAGCCGUCGCCCGGCCCGCACCCGCCGCCCAGCCCCCGGCCCCCGCCCCGCAGGCCGCCGUGGCCGCGCCCGCCGCCCCUCGUCAGCCCGGCCUCAUGGCCCAGAUGGCCACCACGGCGGCCGGCGUGGCCGUGGGCUCGGCCGUGGGCCACACCCUGGGCCAUGCCCUCACCGGAGGCUUCGGCGGCAGCGGCGGAGCCGAGCCCGCCAAGCCCGACAUCACUUACCAGGAGCCCCAGGGCACACAACCACCAGCCUACCAGGCGGCACAGCAGCAGACCCAGUUCAGCCCCUGCCACUAUGAGAUGAAGCAGUUCCUGGAAUGCGCCCAGAACCAGGGGGACCUCAAGCUGUGUGAAGGCUUCAGCGAGGUGCUUAAGCAGUGCCGGUUUGCAAACGGUUUGGCCUAAGCAGGAUCUUCAGUUGAAGACCAAGAAUCCAACGCUGAAGACCAAUCUCGCUAACAUAAAAACAGAAUCGAUUGUAAAUGAUAAUAGAUGUUUGCAGUUUUACCAGUGAAUCUGCCUCACCGUUCACUAGGCUGUGUCUCAGAGCCCAGCGCCCCAGGGGACUGAGGAGUUGAUCCAUCGCUUGGAAGAGGCUGGGGCUGGGUAGAUAGGGUUAAUGUGAUCUCAUUGUAAUGCUUUGCCCUGAUAUAACUGUUGAUGGAAAACACAUUUAAAUUAUAAUUACUUCCUUAAAUAAAGUGAUUUCUCUGUGGA